ACCAUGCUCUUCUCUGCCUCUGCCUCUGCUCCUCGUGCUCACAAACGCCUCACGCAUUAAACCACUCGCGCACCCCGCAAGAUCUCUCAUGACCCGGAUCUCCUCUUCUCACCACCAAUGGCCUCGUAUCUCCUCUCCGUCCUCCGAUUCUUUCCGGUCCUGCUGACGCUGACGGUGCUGCACGCGGCGGCAGUGGCGGCAAAGAACAUCAGCAUCGACUCCGCGACGCUGUCCUUCUCGGACCUGAUCCUGCUGGGGGACUCCUUCCUCCGGAACGGCUCUGUGGGGCUCACGCGGGAGACCGGCGUGCCGUCCUCCAGCGCCGGCACGGUCCUCUGCACCCAGCCCGUCGCGUUCCGGGUCCCCAACGCCACUGCCAACGCCACCGCUUCGUUCGCCGCGAGGUUCUCCUUCGUCAUUGCCAACCCCAACGCGGGCGCCGCGGGCGGCGACGGCAUCGCCUUCUUCGUCUCCCCCGACCGCGCCACCCUCGGCGCCACCGGCGGCUACCUCGGCCUCUUUAACUCCUCCGCCUCCGCCGCGGCCGGCUCCAGCAACGGCUCCGCAGCCAUUGUUGCCGUCGAGUUCGACACCAUGGCCAACUCGGAGUUCGCCGACCCCAGCGACAACCACGUCGGCCUGGACGUCAGCUCGCCGGUGUCCGUCACCGCCGUCGACCUCACCACGUCCGGGGUCGACCUCAAGAGCGGUAACCUCAUCACAGCGUGGAUAGAUUACCGUAGCGCGGACCACCGCCUGGAGGUGUUCCUCAGCUACUCCGCUGCCUCCAAGCCGAAGCGGCCGGUCCUCUCUGUGGCCAUCGAUCUCUCAGGCUACCUGAAGGAGGCCAUGUACGUCGGCUUCUCGGCGUCCACGGAGGGGAGCACCCAGCAGCACACCAUCAAAGAAUGGACCUUUCAGACGUUCGGCGUCCCGGCCACGGCCAACGCCUCCUCCUUUGAAUCCAACGCCACCAAAAACUCGUCAGAGCAGGCAGCGGCGGUUGCCCCCGCCCCACACAACAAGGUUGGGCUCGCCCUCGUCAUCCUGGGCAACGUAGCGCUCGCCGUCGCCUUUGUGUUCUUCGCUUGGGUGUCCAUCAAGAAGCUCAUCGAGCUCACAUCUAGGAAGGAGGCCACCUUCUCGCCAGAGCUGCUCAAGGGGCCGAAGAAGUUCAGCUACAAGGAGCUGAGCGUGGCGACCAGAGGAUUCCACUCGAGCAGGGUCAUCGGCAAGGGCGCGUUUGGGACGGUGUACAAGGCCGUCAUGCCGGGCGCGGCCACCGCAUACGCCGUGAAGCGGUCAACGCAGGCGCACCAGAGCCGGAGCGAGUUUGUUGCCGAGCUCUCCGUCAUCGCCUGCCUCCGGCACAAGAACCUCGUCCACCUCGACGGGUGGUGCGACGAAAAGGGCGAGCUGCUGCUGGUGUACGAGUACAUGCCCAACGGCAGCCUCGAUAAAGCGCUCUACGGCGAGCCCUGCACGCUGUCGUGGCCGCAGCGGUACACCGUCGCCGCCGGCAUCGCGUCGGUGCUGUCGUACCUCCACCAGGAGUGCGAGCAGCGCGUGAUCCACCGGGACAUCAAGACCAGCAACAUCCUGCUCGACGGCAACCUGAGUCCGCGCCUUGGCGACUUCGGCCUCGCCCGGCUCAUGGACCACAACAAGAGCCCCGUCUCCACGCUCACCGCGGGCACCAUGGGCUACCUCGCGCCGGAGUAUCUGCAGUCCGGCAAGGCCACCGAGCAGACCGACGUAUUCAGCUACGGCGUCGUGCUGCUUGAGGUUUGCUGCGGGAGGCGGCCCAUCGACAAGGACGAGAGCGGGGGCAGCAAGAACGUCAACCUGGUGGACUGGGUGUGGCGGCUCCACGGCGAGGACAGGCUCAUCGAGGCCGCGGACGCGCGGUUGGCCGGCGAAUUCGACCGGGAGGAGAUGCUACGGCUGCUGCUCGCGGGGCUGAGCUGCGCGAACCCAAACUGCGAGGAGCGGCCUGCAAUGCGGCGCGUGGUUCAGAUCCUGAACCGGGAGGCCGAGCCGGUGCCCGUGCCGCGGAAGAAGCCACUGCUCGUGUUCAGCUCCAGUGCGUCGAUAAAGCUGCAGGAGAUCGCCUUCUCAUGCGGCGACGACGUCCGAGGCUGCUACACGGCAACCAACCCGGCGUCGUCCCCAAAAUCGGAUGGAGCCGACAUCGAACGCUGAUACCAAGCAAUCGAUAUGAAUUACUACUACUAGUGUGAUAUUUGUUCAUUUGGUGUGUUGAUAAGGGGAAUAUAGGCAAUAAUCCCACUGCUGUAUGAGUCUUGAAGUGACCACAUCGACGAACGUCAGUGGCAGCCGACAUUGGACUGCCAAGCAAUCAGUGUAUUGAUAAUGAAUUACUACUGGUGUGAUUCUUAUACGCAUUUGUUCAUGUGCGUGUUCUUAAGGGGAAUAUAGGUAAUAAUCCCCGCUGUUGUAUGAGUGUUGGAUUACUGAUGAAUCGAGUCAUCU